AUGUCCUUCACCCAAGCCCCUAGUAGUCUUGAAACUCUCCAAACUGAACAAGCGUAUGAUCCACGUCAGAAUGAGAGGUUCCACCUAUACCCUAGAGAUAGAAUAGAAGCACUCGCAACCACAUCUGGGUUAAUAGGUCUAAUGAGUGGAUUUUACGAUGGUGUACAAAAGGCAGCAGCUAGAUACUUGCUUGAAAAUGGGCACCGUCUACCCAAAACCAAAGGAGGAUGGUACUUUUACCACAAGAGGAAAAAUUACGAAAUCAUUGUUGGAGGUACAUCAACAGGGCUCAAACGUGGAUUGAAAUAUGGUGGUGCUGUGGGCAGUUUGUUUUUACUCGAGUAUGGCUUAGACUAUGUACGAGGACAGAUUGAUUUUAUAAAUACAACGGUUGCUGCGCUAAUUGGAGCAACAGUUUACACAAGGUUUCAACAUUUGAGUCGCUUGCAAACUAGAAAAAUGAUCAUGAGAGGAACUACAGCUGGGUUGUUAUUAGGAAUAAUACAAGAUUCUUUAAUAUAUGCAAGACUGGGGCAUAUAUGGUAUGUUGAUGAAUAUGCACGUCGAUUAAAGUGA